AUUUAUAUCAAAGAGAAAUAACUUCAUAAAGUGUGACCGAGCGUGUGAAAUAUCAAACCAUCUCUCACUUUCUCUCUACCAAUCGCAUUACUCCUUUCACAUACAUUAUCAAACCCUUUCUCUCUCUCUCUCUCAUAUUGUGAGUUUUGCCUAUAUAUAUAAGAAAGUAUCUCUCCUUUGUAGACUUACUACGAAGCAAACACAUUCUCACAUGGAGAGGCGAAUUCUAAACAAGAGGAAAAGAGUCUUUUCUCUCCAACCAAACAAGAAUCCUAAGGUGGUCUUCGCCAGAAGAUACGUGAGUCACUUGGUUCCAGCUCUCAAGAAGAUCAAGAUGAACAAAUCCUCUUCGCAAACCAACCCAAAACAUUUCGAAAAAACCGUGAAACAUGAAGUAGACAUGGCUUUGGCCUUGUCUGCUCAAGAAUUCGCGUGGAGCCGUUUCUUGCAACAGAAGCUAUCAUCGUCCCCUCAUGAUCAUGAUCUAGUAAGUUCUUCUUCCGAGACUCUAGAAAAAUUGAGCACUAAACAAGAGGAUGAUAUACAACAACAAGACAUCGACAAUGGAGAAGGAGGAGAGAUCAAGAAGAGGCUGAAAGAGUUGCAGAAGCUUUUGCCAGGUGGAGAAGAGAUGAACAUGGAGGAGACAUUGAGUGAGAUCGGAAGCUACAUUGUAUGCCUUGAGUUGCAGAUGAUGGUUCUUAAAUCUAUUGUACAAGAUAAUAAUUAAUACUUCUUGAAUAUAAUUUAAUUCAUUGGUUCA